AUGGCUAAGAUCACUGGUCGACCAAAGGCGAUAUGUUUCUCUGAUAUAACGGCGCCAACUCAUCUGUACCAGGGAUUGGAAAAUGAAGCUAGUGAAAGUCUCUUCCGCCAUGACGAGCUCGUCGCCGCGGAGCAAUCUCGAAGCCUUUGGCUUCACUUCUUGAAUACGAGCCGCGACUUAUCCCGAAGUAUGGGGGCGAUGGAUCGGAAGAGCAUUGCCUGUAUAGGCCGCGGUAUAUCGCCAUCCUACUUCCAUCAUCGAGUGUUGCUCUGCCGUAUUAGCGAUCGGAUUGCGGCGCAGCUAUACUCUGGGACAUUAGAAGAUUCCUGGGCGACUCCGCAACGCAAGAUCCGCGAACUCCAGAGAGAGCUGAGUUCAUGGGCCGAUAACCUCCCAGAAGACCUGGCCAUCCAUAAUCAGGUACCUAUGAAGACCGAUCCACGGGUCAAGGUCGAAUUGUCCAUGUACUAUUACAGCAUACAGAUGAUUCUAUACCGACCGUGUCUUUGCGAGGUGAUCUUUGAGAACGAGUCCUCACAGUCUCGGGAAUUCAAUCGCGAGUCCGCGCGUGCCUGCGUUUAUGCCGCCAUCUCGCUGCUUGGCGUCAUGGCGGACAAUCCCAGCGCGCAUGCAGCAUAUCAGCUACUCCCCUUCUGGACGCUACUUCAUUAUGUAGCACCAGCAGCGACUGUGUUGCUGCUGGAGUUGUGCCUCGACCAUCAGCAUUUUACCGAUGAGCACAUAGACCCUCUGCCAAACAUUCGCAAAGCAAUGGCAUACCUAUGGUGCAUGACGGAAGACUCACUGUCUGCGUUCCAUGCGUGGAGGAUUUUUCGACUGCUGCUAUCCGAGAUUUCCUGCAAAUAUGAAGACCUCAGUUUCGCCGACAUUCCGGAAGAAGCGCCACAGCCGAUCGGAUGGACGAUUGAGAGUGAAUUAUCCUUCUCAAGGGCACUUGUCUCUUGA